UUACUAUUUAAAAAAUUGAGUCAUUAAUAGAUAAUUUGAUAAGAAUUAAAAGAAAAUCAAGAAUAAAUAAAACAACGAAAAAUGUCUCAAUCGACUAAAGAGCUUCAACCACCAUCAUACGAAGAGGCCAUGUAUGCUUCCACAGAGGCACCAGAAGUUGGCUUCAAAUAUCCCAAUCCAAAUAUUGGUGUCACACAAACAUCUACGCCUUAUAUUCCACAACAGCAGACUCAAGCCCAAAACGUACCAAUACACGGAAAUCCUAGUGCACCGCCACAACCUUCCCAUGCUGCUUAUCAGCAGGUACCUUCAUAUGGAGCAUUUGAAACUACGCCGGUCAAUGUUGUUAUACAGCCAGCAGCUAAUGUGCCUCGAGAAAUCAUUGUUAUAGGUGGCUGUCCAGCCUGUCGCAUUGGUAUAUUAGAAGAUGCAUAUCCUUGCAUUGGUUUACUUUGUGCUAUUGUAUUCUUUCCCGUGGGUAUACUAUGCUGUUUAGCUAUGAAGAAUAAACGUUGCUCCAAUUGUGGCACCGAAUUUUAAAACCGGAUGGCUGACCGAGUUCAUAUUGAUUACACAAGCUUUAAAUGUUGUAUGUGUAAAACUGCAUAGAUGUGCAUGUGUAUUGACAGGCUUUCUAAAAGCCUUUAAAUUAUUAUUAUUAUUAUUCUUAUUAACAAUUUUAAUAUUAUUAUAAUAAACGUACUAUAAGUUUUAUAUAUCAAGUGUAUGGGUCGAACCUAAGCUAUUGGGAUAAACAUAUAAAUGCUGUAUACUUUAAGUUUAAAAACAUAUGCCCACAAUCAUAUCAAACGAAAAAAUAUUCUUUGUUUUUGUUUAUUGUUUAUAAUUGCUUUAAAAUUGUUAUUGUUUUCAUUUUGUUUUUAAUCACAUUUGACAACUUCGAUUGUGUAUGUUAAAAUGUGUGUAUACUUUUGGGCGUUUACAAUAAAAUAUCUGUUCUCGUAUAUGAUUGAUGAU